CAUCGGCAUGUUUUGCACAAGAAAUGUCAGCCAGAAAGGGCUGCCUUCUCCCUUCGCCAAAAUAUACCACAACAAUGUCAUGCUCAGACAGCCCGGCUGGAAACUCGUUUUUAGUAGACUCCUUGAUCAAUGGCAGCCGAGGCGAAGGAGGUGGGGGUUACUAUCAGGGCAGUGACUACUUGCCACCAGCUUCAGAGCUGUCCUGCGUACUGCCGAAUUGUGGAUUUGUUUCUGGACUGGGUAAACGGAACGAGGGUAACUCUCACGCUAUGGUCCCCACGUCCAGCCCCUACAUGCCGGGGAUGGAGGUAUGGCUAGAUCCGCCACGAUCCUGCCGCAUGGAGCAACCUGCGAGCCAGCAGCAGGUAGCGCCUUGCUCCUUUUCUCCGAACAUUAAAGAGGAGAGUGCUUAUUGCCUGUAUGAGUCAGAGAAGUGCCCGAAAGGUUCAACGGCAGAGGAUCUCUCCUUUUCAAGGCUAAUACCUGGAUCCUGUUCUGCCACUGAUAGCAGCACCGUGCCUGUACCAGGCUACUUCCGCCUGUCUCAGACUUACGCAAAUCCCAAGGUUUAUCACGGGGUUCAAGCCGGUACCUCUCAGUUUCUUCUACAGCCUCAGAUUCGUUUAGAUACACCCCCGUCUUCUUCUGCUUUGGUAGAGGCUGGAAAGAAAGCGGGCAAAGAAGCCUCCUCGAGUAAUUUAACUGGUCUCUCUCAAAGAGAAGAGACGCAGGCUUCUCAGGCAGCAGAGGAAUCUUCACCAGAACCUACUGAAAACAGCAAAACAAGUCCAAACAAAUCAACCAAAGGAGAUACAAAAAGUGAAAGCACUGUGAACUGGUUGACAGCGAAAAGUGGAAGGAAGAAAAGGUGUCCCUACACCAAACACCAGACUCUGGAGCUAGAAAAGGAGUUCCUUUUCAAUAUGUACCUGACUCGAGAGCGGCGCCUAGAGAUCAGCCGCUGUGUCCACCUGACUGACAGACAAGUCAAAAUCUGGUUUCAGAACCGAAGAAUGAAACUGAAGAAAAUGAGCCGGGAGAACAGGAUUCGCGAGCUCACCGCGAAUUUGAGCUUUUCGUGAUAAACUCCACAGCUGCCUAUCUUCUACCUUUUUUUUUCAAAUUCUUGAGAGAUUGCCUGCAUUUUCCACACACACCCUAAACGAGUUGCUGCUCGACUGUGUAUCAUUACAAUUGAAAUGUUGUGGGUAAAAGUGUUAAAUAAUUGGAAGAAUAUAAUUUCUUAGAAUUACGUCUGUGGUUUACAAGGGUCUAUUUUAUAUUAUUUUACUUUUUUUAUCAUUAUUUUUAAAUUGUGGGCUAUGAAAUAUUAAACAUCAUGGGAAGUUUUUCAAAAACCAAAUAAUUUCCAAAGGACUUAAUUGGAUUGAUUUCAAUUAGAUGUUUACUCUAUUUACUAGAUUAGGUUCAAAUUUCGACUGAAAUGAAAUGAGAUGCAUGGAUAUAAGGGAGGUAGAUGUCUUUAUUUUCAAUAUAAAGAUCAAGUGAGUGUGUAGAAUAACACUGAGCAUAUACCAGAAAUCUAAUACGUCAUCUCACAAAAGGAUGAGGCUUUAACUAGACAUGUUAGCAUAAUGCUAUGCAGAUAUUUGCGUAUACAACCCAGUUGUUGCGUGUAUAUAAACACUUUUGACUAUGGCGUUGCCAUUGAAAGGCAGACUUUAUAAUGUUCAAUUUGCCAUGUUUCUGUUUCUGCCAAUGGAAAAACAUGUGCUUGGUUCAGAAAAAUAUAGACCAAGAAAAAAAAAAGAUUGUUAUUCAUUCUAUACUGUGAAAAGUAAUGGUCACUUAUUGUGGUAUAAUAAAAUAAUGGUGGUGGUAUUAUAAUGAAAGCAGAUAUGUCUGGCAUUAUUAAUGAAUGAUCAGCUCUAUACACUGUUUUUGAACAGGUUUAUUUCUUUUGUAAACCGACUUUUCCUAAAGCACUGAUUCGCUACAACCGUUUAUGUUAUCCUAUCUAUCUAUCUAUCUAUCUAUCUAUCUAUCUAUCUAUCUAUCUAUCUAUCUAUCUAUCUAUCUAUCUAUCUAAUCUAUAAUAUCUGGACGUUUCGGUCUGCAAGUUCUUCUUCAGCUGGAUGCAAAAAGCACGGUUGUAAACAAGCUGUUGUUACAAACAAGCUGUCUUUUAAAAGAAAAGUUCUGGAUAAUGACUUCAGAAUAGAAUAUUCAUUCCAAGAGGGUUUAAAGUGUUUAAUUUGAAAAUGAAUUCGCGUUCUUUUUGCGCCAUGGCUGCAUUUGUAUCCCACAAAUCUCAUAGCACUGAUUUUUCCAUCCAGCUGAAGAAGUAGUUCGAAACGUCCUGAUAUAAUAGAUGUUUAUCAAUUCUUCACAUUUUUGCGUGCCUACAUUACAUUUUUCUUUUAGAUUCUGCACCUUUUAGUACGCAGCAGUUUUCCCUCUUCAAAUUUUAAACGUGUGUGUCUGUGUGUGUGUGUGUGUCUGUGUGUGUGUGUGUGUGUGUGUGUGUGUCUGUGUCUGUGUGUGUCUGUGUGUCUAUGUCUGUGUGUGUCUGUGUGUGUCUGUGUCUGUGUGUCUGUGUGUCUGUGUGUGUGUGUCUGUGUCUGUGUGUGUCUGUGUGUGUCUGUGUGUCUGUGUCUGUGUGUGUCUGUGUCUGUGUGUCUGUGUGUGUGUCUGUGUGUGUCUGUGUGUGUGUGGUGUUAUGCAUUUAACGAAUAUCUUUUUUGACAACCUGUGUAACAGACGUGUUUUUGAGAAUUUGUUCUAGUCUUGCACAUUGUUUACAGCUGCCUACUGCCCGCAAUUACAGUUGGAAAGCCAUUUAAAUAUUACCUAGACGGUCGUAAUUUGUCUGGGCCAUAUAGCAAUAGUGCUGUUAGGUUUGUCGGCUUUUGUUAAGUUUUAUGACUAGCUAGUAUAUCUGGAUUGUUGCUGUCUUGGGCGACUGGUUUCAGUUGAGUGAAAGCUGCAGAGAAAGAGGAAGCACAUUACAUUGCUUAACUUGAGGAAAUUGAGUUCCUUUGAGCCUGGAACUGAUGGUGGAUCUUUCGAAUGCAGGAACACUUAACUUAAUCUGCGGGAAAAGAGCGUCGGAAAAGAUAAUCCUGCUGCCAACUGGCUGCAUGCAAGCUCGACAAGAAAAAAGCGCUGUCCUUACACUAAACACCAGACGUUAGAGUUGGAAAAGGAGUUUUUGUUUAACAU